GGCGGCGGCGGCCGCGGGACACGGCCCUUGUCCAGCUGAUGGCGAAUCAGUCCGCGAGGGCAGCGGGCCGGGCAGGACAGCGGAAGGACGGCGGUCAGCGCGGUGGUGUCCUAAUAUGCACGCGGCGGCCACGCCGAAGAGGACGACGAGCGCCUGAGUACCGGCGACGUCAUCGUUUCGAGUGACGCGGUAUUCGCCCGUUUCACCGGACCGGUGCAGUGCAUUCCACACUAGCGGGUAGAACAACGUCCGAGGAGAUUCUAUCAAGCCUAUAUCAUCCCUGGACCACCAAAUCGAUCAGGCCCACCCCCACGCCAUGGAGUUCGAGGAGGCCCUGCCCAAGGUGGGCGAGUCCGGCCGCUUCCAGCUGCUCAACUUCGCGCUGCUCCUGCUGCCCACCGUGCACACGGCCAUGGGCAUGAUCUUCGUGUUCUCCGCCCGGGACAUCCCCUACCGGUGCCUCAUCCCCGAGUGCGACGACGCCGCCGCCGCACCGGCCCUGGACCCGCCCUGGCUGUCCUGGGCCGCGCCCCCCAGCACCGUGCCGCGACCCUGGCCGUCCGGGAACGCGCGCGCCCCGGACUCCUGCCUCCGCUACGCCCCAAGGCCAGCCUCCACGACCUCCCCCGCAGCGCCCAGGGCGACCUCCGCCUGCUGGCCCGAGUCGUUCGACACCAACAGGACGGAGCGCUGCGGACGGUGGGUGUUCCCCGAGCACGACACCACCAUCGUGUCGGAGUUUAACGUCACCUGCGAGGACAACCGAUGGAAGCUGACGAUCGUCGGCUCGCUCAACUUCCUCGGGCAGCUGCUCGGCAUGCCCUUCAGCGGGGUGUACUCGGACCGGUUCGGGCGCAGGGGCCUGCUGCUCGUCCUUAUGCCGCUGUCGCUCGCCUGCGGCAUCUGGCGCUCCUUCGCCACCUCCUACGACGCCUUCCUCGCCCUCACCUUCUUCGACUCCUUCUUCGCGGCGGGGGUCUACAGCGCCGUCUUCAUCCUGGGCGUGGAGCUGGUGGCGGCGCGCCAGCGCGUGGUGGGCAGCUCCGUGGUGGCCUGCUUCUUCUCGCUGGGGAUCGCGCUGCUGGGCGCGGUGGCCUGGUGUCAGCCCGACUGGCGCUGGCAAAUCCGCAUCGGCUACCUCCCGGCGGCGCUGUCCGUGGCUGCGGUGUGGUUCCUCCCGGAGUCGGUGCGCUGGCUGCUGUCGCGGGGCCGCACGGGGGAGGCGGAGGCCAUCCUCAGGAGGGUGGCGGCCGUCAACCGGGUGCCGCUGUCCGGGCCGCUCACGCUGCGCAGCACCAAGGUUGUCGCCAGCGCUGCCUCGGGCGGGGGCGGCCGAGGGUGGGACUCUUCGCCCAUCGUGCAGGUGUUCCGCUCCGGGCUGCUGCAGCGCCGGCUGUGGCUCACCACCGUCCUCUGGCUGGCCAACUCGUUCGUGUACUUCGGGCUGGCGAUGCGGUCCGUGGCGCUCGCCGGCGACCUGUACCUCAACUUCAUCCUGGCCGGGCUAGUGGAGAUCCCCUCCUACGUGGUGGCCUGGUUCGUGUCCGACCGCUGGGGGCGGCGGGCCGGCGUCGGCGGCGCCCUGAUCGUCACGGGCGGCUCGCUGCUCGCCUUCCUGAUGCUCCCCGAAGGCCUCGAGUGGCUGCAGCUCAUCCUGUACCUGACGGGCAAGCUGGGCAUCACGACGUCCUUCACGGUGCUCUACGUGUUCACGGCCGAGCUGUUCCCCACCAACGCGCGACACUCCGCCAUCGGGCUGUGCUCGACCAUCGGCAGGAUCGGGUCCGUGGUGGCGCCCCAGGCCCCGCUGCUGGAGGUGUUCUUCUGGGGGAUGCCCAUUCUGGUGUUCAGCGUGGUGUGCCUCGGGGGCGCGUGCGUCACCCUCAUGCUGCCCGAGACGCUGAACGCCGUGCUGCCGAACAGCGUGUCCGAGGCCAAGGCCGUGGGCCGGGUCCUGCGGCCGGUGCAGCCGCCCGCCCAGCAGCAGCAGCCGCCGCAGCAGCAGCAGAACGUCAUGUCGGUGUGACCCGUGGUGGGCGUGGGUGCCCGCGACGAGGACUUUGCGCCGCCGCCUGAUGGUCACCGACUCCUGCCGCACUAUCAGCCGCCCGCGCGUCGACCCGUCUCUUCAUCGUUGUUUUAUUUAUUUAUUUGGACAGGAUGACAAUAAAAGCGUUGCCCUCUCA